AUGUCCUCGAACAACAGGACCAUCCCUUCGCUUGAUGAAAUCCGGGAGACAACGUUGGCAGUAUUCCGUUGUGAUCCAUGUCGUUGGCAAUCCCUAGCCUGUCAAGCAUCUCUCGCAGGCGACAAGGAUCUCAUCAACGUUGCACCGACAGGAUCGGGGAAAACACUCACCUUCUGGAUGCCUCUGCUGUUCCGAAAGGAUGGCAUACAAAUUGUUGUGACCCCGCUGAAUAUUUUAGGCACACAGAAUGAAGAGGAUUUGGCGAAGGUCAACGUGCAAGCUGUUGCUGUUCACGCCGAGACUGCAACACCGAAGCUCUUCCAGGAUAUUGGAGAGGGUCAGUACCGGGCUAUUGUGGUCAAUCCGGAGGAGUUAAUGAAGGACGGCGGUGGCUUUGAACGGCUGUGGGACAUCGACAGCUUCACGUCACGGAUCAUCAGCAUCAUCUGGGACGAGGCCCAUUGCAUCAGUAUAUGGAAGUCUUUCCGGCAAGACUACAAACACGCUCACCGCCUACGUUAUGUCUUACCGCACACGUGUUUCCAUCUUGCCUCGGCCACCUUCCCUGACGAGAUGCGACGGGAGGUCAUGACAACACUACAAAUUCGAGCCAAUCAGUGCACAGUCAUACAACGCUCGAACGAUCGCCCGAAUGUUUACCUCGACGUGCGUCCCAUUCAAUAUCCGCUGUCAAGCUUCAAGGAUCUCGACUUCCUGGUACCACCGACAACGGAGCAAGCUGCUGGGGAUCCACUUACCAAAUUCCUUAUAUUUUUUGACGACAUUGAUGAGUGCGUGAGAGCCGCGGAGCAUCUCAGGGCGCGGUUGCAUCCAGGGGAACAGGAGAAGAUUCGGUGGUUUCACGCGCAGAUGUCGGCCGAGUUUCGUGAGGCGAACCUCACGGCGUUCAAGGGGCCGGCAUUGUAUGGUCUGUGUUGCACAGAUUCUUUCGGAAUGGGUGUGAAUAUUGCGGAUGUCCGGAUCGUUGUUCAGUGGCGCCUGCCGCGUGACCUGAACACGUUGUGGCAAUGUUUCGGUCGUGCAGCGCGGAAUCCGGCGCUGUGGGCUGUAGCGAUUCUACUCGUCGAGGCAAGGUAUUUUGAUGAGGAGAAGGAGAAAGUGAAGCAGCGUGCGGAGAAACGGGUGAAUGCUGAAAAGCGAAAGGCGGCACAA